CACUGCCUCUGUUUUUAUCUUUGUCUUUUGCUACAGAAAUGUAAACACAGCAAUGGAGUGAGAUGUGGGACCUCUGAGGAGGAUAAGGAUGGUUCAGCAACAAAAGCAAAAAGAGAUGAAUCACUGAGUUGUGAGCAAUGUGACAAGACUUUUAUUACAGCAACAAAGCUAAGAAUUCACAAACAUAUUCACACUGUGGACAAACCAUUCAGCUGUGAUCAGUGUGGAAAGACUUUUACUCAGAAGAGUGACUUAAAAAGCCAUCAACUCAUGCACAGUGGAGUUAAACCAUUCAGCUGUGAUCAGUGUGGAAAGGCUUUUACUCACAAGAGUCAGUUAAAAAGCCAUCAACUCAUUCACAGUGGAGUUAAACCAUUCAACUGUGAUCAGUGUGGAAAGGCUUUUACUCGGAAGAGUCAGUUAAAAAGACAUCAGCUCAUUCACAGUGGAGUGAAAUUGUUCAGUUGUAAUCAGUGUGGUAAGGCUUUGACUCGGAAGACUCAUUUAAAAAGCCAUCAACUCAUUCACAGUGGAGUUAAACCAUUCAGCUGUGAUCAGUGUGGAAAGGCUUUUACUCACAAUAGUCACUUAAAAAGCCAUCAACUCAUUCACAGUGCAGUGAAACCAUUCAGCUGUGCUCAGUGUGGAAAGGCUUUUACUCAGAAGAGUCAGUUAAAAAGCCAUCAACUCAUUCACAGUGGAGUGAAAUUGUUUGGCUGUGAUCAGUGUGGAAAGGCUUUUACUCUCAAGAGUACAUUAAGAAGUCAUCAACUCAUGCACAGUGGAGUUAUACCAUUCAGCUGUGAUCAGUGUGGAAAGGCUUUUACUCACAAGAGUCAGUUAAAAAGCCAUCAACUCAUUCACAGUGGAGUUAAACCAUUCAGCUGUGCUCAGUGUGGAAAGGCUUUUACUCAGAAGAGUAUGUUAAAAAGACAUCAGCUCAUUCACAGUGGAGUGAAAUUGUUCAGCUGUAAUCAGUGUGGUAAGGCUUUUACUCGGAAGACUCAUUUAAAAAGCCAUCAACUCAUUUACAGUGGAGUGAAACCAUUCAACUGUGAUCAGUGUGUGAAUACCUUUACUCAGCAUGAACAGUUGUUGAUCCAUCAAUGCCCCCAUUCUGGUAGAAAGCGGUACCACUGUGACUCCUGUGAAAAAACUUUCAAGCACCAAAAGAGCUUAAAAUGUCACCAACGCAUCCACACUGGACAUGAUGUGUACCGAUGUGAUCACUGUGGUGAACCAUUUGUAUUGUACUCGCAGUUAAAAGCUCAUGAAGUGACCCACACUGGGGUUAAACCAUACCUUUGUGAUCAGUGUGGGAAACGCUACAGCUACAUUGCAAACCUCAAAGUUCACCAACGUGUCCACACUGGGGAGAGACCAUACAGAUGUGACGAGUGUAAGAAGACUUUUAGAACUUUGGGUUCCCUGAAACAACACCAGCAGAUCCGCACCAGAAAGAAAGCAUUCAAUCAGUGUCACAGUGAGCAGAACGGAACAGAUGGACAAAACUCUCAGACUUGUCAGCACUCUGCCAAUGGUGAACAGUGCUGCUUUGACCAGUCUGGACCAACGUCCAACCAACAAGGAACCCUACAACGACACCAGCGUAUGCACACUGGACACAGACUGAACCCCUGCCAAGAAGAUUUCUCCAUGCAGGGUUCAGUAAAAGUUCAUGAAGUCCUCCACAAACUUAAAGUCCUUGAGAUCCGGCUUCACAGAAUUCAGGAGAACAAUGUGAUGAGUGCACCGAGAGAUCCAAUACAGGGAGCUUUCCUUUUUCAAAGAUCAUUAGAAGGACAGAAGACAAAGUGCUUCUUCAGUGGCGUCCCUGCACAACAUGUUCGACUCGUGUCCCCGUUGGAGAGGACCAGGUCCAGCAUCUGGAGCUGGCUCAGGAUCUCGCUCGCAUCUUCAACCGCCGAUUCGGAGACUUUUUCCCUGAACCUGGAGCUCUGCUGAGCAAGAAAACACACACUCACAUUCAGUAGGAUUUAGCUGGUUUUAGGGUGUAACUGGUGGAAAAUAGUGAUUAUUGUUACAUAGAAUCACAGAUGAUGAAAAAUAAAGAGAAAAUGUGAUGUUUUUCUCCACUUUAUAUGGUUUUAAUUGAAACGGAGUCCAAAGUGACGUCUGAUAUCUAAUUAUAGCUGCAAAACUCUGCAGCUUCAUGUUUUUAUGCAUAAAUUGUGAGUUUCGUUGAGUAAAAGUGGGAAACAACUCAAUAAAACUUCAUCUUGGUGCAUUAAACUUCUUUCAAACACA